AUGGUAACCGAUCAAAAUCAUUCAUACAUCGACAAGCAUGAUAGUUUAUCCAGUACUCGGAUAUUUGGGCUAGAUGAGCAAAAUGUGAAAGUGUAUAGUGUGCUUUCUAAAGAGAUUAGAGCGUUAGAUAAAAAACUGAAUGAUUAUCAUUCUAAGUAUAAUAGCUUAAAAAAGACAGUAAAAAGAUUGGAAAGAGAUCUGGGGUCCCAAAAAAUCAAAUUAGACGGUCUGGACGAAUGUGUAGAUAGAGAAACUGUGGUUGACUUAAUACAUGAAAUAGUUCCCUCUUUGAUUAAUGAAAAAGGUAAGAGUUCAUCCGAUCCAUCCGAUUCAUCCGAAGAAUCUGAUUCAGUUAAGAUAAGAGAACGAAAGGCUGUUCCUUAUAAGCAACGAAGAAAGGCACAACUAAGAAAGGUUAAGAUAAAGAAAGCUAUUAGCAGUUUGAAGUAG